AUGCUGAAUCGUCUCCUGGCACGACUUGCUCUACUGCCAAUCGCCCUGCAACUGGUGGUGCUCACUGCGGCACAGAGGACGGGAAACCCAGUGCCCACAGCGACUCACUCUCCCAGGCCGACGAGGACUGCAACGGGGACGAGGACGAACACAAGGACAAGGACGAGCUCGAGGACAGCGUCGGCGACCCAUACUGUAAAGGUAGGACAUAAAGUCGACCCUCAUCAGUAUGUCCCCAGAACCGUCAACGCAAAAGUGGGCGACGUGAUCGUGUUCGAAUUCUUUCCGCGCAAUCAUUCGGUGGUGCAGGCAGACUACCUUGCGCCAUGCGUGCCCGCAUCUGGGGAUUUCUUCUACUCGGGAAUAUUCAACUCCUUUCACGAGAGUGACGGCGUGCUAGUUGGCGGUCCCAAGUUCUUCUACUGCACCGCCCUUGGGUCUUGCAUCGACAAUGGAAUGGUCGGCGUGAUCAAUCCGAACCGCACUAUGACCUGGGCGGAACAAUACGCAAAAGCCCUGAAAUAUCCAUACAUGCUGGUCCCCGGUGAAUCGCCCCCUGCCGAAGGCACCCCCGGCACUCCAUCUUCAACACCUAGCCCCGCGCCAUCCUCGUCAGGAUUGGGUGGCGGCGCCAUCGCCGGAAUCGUGAUUGGCAGCGUCGCCGGCAUCGCAGUUCUGGGCCUGCUCUUCUUCCUGCUCGGCCGGAACCGCGUCUACCGCAAGUGGCUCACCUCGGAAGAAGGCAGCAACGACCGCACGCGGCGAUGGGCGAUGAGCGGAGGCGACUGGUCGACGUCAGGCCGGACCGAAAAGGAUGGGGCGGCACCAACACCGCAGCCGGGCCAUGCGAGCAUGUUGUCGCCGGACAUGUCGCGGUUUAGCGGGCCAUAUAACCCCACGCUUCAGAGUCGCUCGCCGCCGCCGGGGCAUCUGAGUUGGGAUGGUCUGGGUGUAUAUCAGCCUCCGGGGAUGAUGCAGGAGGAGAGACCGCCAGAGUUGAGUUCAGGGGCCGGAGUGCAGUUGGUCGAGUUGGAAGCGAGCCCUCGACGGCAUCAGUCAAAGGAGUAUAUUCCCCCUGCAGACCAUUGA